UCUCGCUGAUAGAGGGCGCCAUUUACCGGAACUCUGAGGCUUGAAAGUUAUGCAUCAAAAUAGGACUGGGGCAGGGUCGAAAAGUUUGUUGUAGGAUUUUUAAAGAGACUGCCAACCAACGAUGUCAGGCGUCCAGAUAAAAGCGAACUUAGCGCGUGUAGAUCACAGCACACCAUGGGGGUUUCGUAUGCAGGGGGGAAAGGAUUUCAGCGCCCCACUCUCCAUUCAGAGGGUGACGCCUGGAAGUUUGGCAGCCAAAUGUGGUCUCCAGCAAGGUGACAUCCUCCUCAGAGUGGGCGGCUUACAUGCUGAGAACAUGAAGCACAAAGAAGCACAAGAUAUCAUCAUCAAGAGUGGAGACCACUUAGAACUGACUUUACUCAGGGGUGGACCAGCCAUGAGGAAACCUGAUUCAUCACAAUUUGGGACUACAUAUAAUCAUCCUGGCAAGCUUUAUGGUGACAGUGUGGACUCUGUGACCACCCAGAUGCAGAAGACGACAGUUACAGCACACAGACCUGCAGACCACAGUGUUCGCUACGAUGAACACAAACCUGGACAAGAAAUGCACUACCCUGGUUACAUUGACCCUAAUGCCCAAUCCCACUCCUUCACAGUACUCAAGGAUACCAUAGACAGAGGACAGGACUCCCUCCCUGCCAAUUUUGCCAAACGGCAAACCCCAUCACCCACUGCCCAGACCGAGGCCUCGGCCCAGAUGUUUCACAGUCAAUACAACUCCCCCUUUGGUCUUUAUACCAACGCUAACAAGUCAGCGACUCAUCUGGCUACAGCAAACAAGAAAGGGUAUGCAGUGGUGGGUAAAGAGAAUGAAGUGAAAAAAUAUGCUCCUUCAGAUACUUUGAAAUUGGUGCAUGCUGAGGAGAUGGACAAAAUGAAAUCUGACCCCCCUUCUGGUCCCGGAGUGCAGUCAAAAACCUAUCAGUUAUUGGAUGGGAAAGUGAAAGAUGCUCCACAACAAGGUGGUGUCAGACGUCCUGGGGCUGGUGUGCCGCCUCCACCUGCUCCAGCCCCUGCGGCCCCCAGGGCACCCCCGGCCCCCGUCAAGGCCCCCGCAGGACCCAGGCCCUUCCCAGGUGCAGGCCCAGUUGGCCCCAUUCAGAGAGGAAAGAGAGGGGACUAUGUGUUCAAGCAAUCUGUGGGCACAGGAAUGAAGAUCCCAGUCUGUGCUGAAUGUGGUUCACCUAUCAGAGGCCCAUUUGUGAUUGCCCUUGGUAAGAAUUGGUGCCCAGAUCACUUUGUGUGCUCCAACCCUGACUGCCGUACCAAGCUAAUGGAUACCGGCUUUAUUGAAGUCAAUGGAAAAUUGUACUGUGAGAAUGACUAUGCCAAGUACUUUGCCCCUAGCUGCAAUAAGUGUAACAAGCCUGUUGUUGGGGACUGCAUCAAUGCUCUCAACCAGCAGUUCCACCCCGAGUGCUUCCUGUGUGCCCACUGCAAGGGAAGCAUUGGAGGCAGUGUAUUUCAUAUUGAAAAUGGCAUGGUCUACUGUGAAAGAGACUGGCAAGCCCUAUUUCAGACUAAGUGCAUUUCUUGUGAGUUCCCCAUUGAGCCUGGAGACAGGUGGGUGGAGGCCCUGGGCAGCAACUGGCACGCUGAAUGCUUCAACUGUGCUACAUGCCAGGUGAACUUAGAAGGACAGGGAUUUGUGGCCAAAAACAAUCGCCCUUACUGCAAGCGUCACGGUCAAGGGUUCUAAACAAUUUGCUGGUGAAUUGCCUAUUUGCCAGCAUGUGUGAUUCCUGCAAUAUUUACCCCAACUCAGUUCAACCUUAAGGCUACAGUCUUCACUAGCUAGCAUUGAGUAGUAAACCUAUAUAUGAUGGUGAAGCAAUGCUUAAAGUGGCCUUACCCUGUCCUGCAUAUUUCAAGCAUUGACUUUGAAAUGUAGAAUGACUGAGGUGAUAAAGUGUUUAUAUACAUGAAAUUUAUAUCAUCCGUUUGCUAAAUUGAAGCUGUUAUAUACCUAAAGUCACAACUGAGCUUGUCUCGAUACUUCCAUUGGAAAUGUACUUACAAUGUAGUUGUCUGCAACCUUUUAAUUACUACAUACAUGUACAGAUCAUUGCCUUUCUGUUGACAUUAAUAAAUAGCAAUUUAGGGGGAAAAAGAUUUGCAGUGAUGUAGUUUAGUGGAUAAGAAUCGACAUUUGUUAUACCCAUGGGAAAUUAUUGUUUCUUUUAAAAGUUCCAAAUAUUAGACUGGUACCUUACUAUUAUGAUAUGUUGAUGCUGCGUGGUAUGUGAAACCUUAUCUAUUGCUUUUCAAAUGUACUUUGGGGACUUUUGUGUAAUUCAACUGCAAUUUUUUAUCAUACAUUUACCAUAUUUUCCAAUAUAUUAAGGGAAGGUCAGACACUGUUUACUUUUCAAGCAGCAACUCAUUUGUGAAAUGAGGUUAUGGUCACACGCAUUGUAUAUUGAUUUGCUUUUAAUAAUUAUUCAGGGGAUUCAAGAUUGACAGUUUUGUAUUUCAUAAAAAGAAGUUACUUUUGAAUGUGUACCUACAUGUAAUAUGGCUGCAAUCUUAAUGAAUAUUCUCCUUUUUUGCCUCCUGUACAUUGCUGUAUAGUCAUGUUAGCCUUUUCUUUGGCCGUAUUUAUAAGCUUUUUAUACCUAUUGGUAUUAUUUUAUUUUACAUACUGGUAUAUGUAUACAUGCCACUUCUAUAAUUGAUAAGGGAUUGUUGUAUAUUUUUGGUAUAAUUGUUGUUAUUGCUGAUGGCAUAGAAUUUGUAUGGAAAUUGAAAUGAAGGUUGAUUUGAUUGGCCUUAUUUCAUCUGCAAAGUGGUCUUAAUGAUUCCCAGCUGCCAGUGUUUUGAAUUCUUUUGCAUUAUUGAUAAGUUUGGUGAUGUAAAAAUCCUGAGUGAUGCUGUAGCUAGUGCAAUGUUACUUUUAAAUCCCUUGCCUAUUUUUUGCUUUGUAAGGGAUGUGCCUCCCUCUGCAUGAAAUAUAGACAAAGCAGAAGCAAUUGUUAAAAACUUGGAUUGCUAAUUUGAAGUGAGACAGGUUCAUGCAAUAUGUAUGCCCUUUACCGAGGACGAACUUUUUUUGUUUACUGGAAGUUUUUUUUUAAAUAACAAUAACUACUUUUACAUUAUAUAAAGAGAUUUGCCUAGUCCCACUAUUAUAUAUGGGUAUCCCAUGGCUAUUCUUGCACAUGGGAUCUUAAGAGUUUCAUUUUCACUAAGUGCACUUCAUCUGCACUGAAAUUUUUUAAAAGCCUGGGACUUCAGUAGCAUUUAAAAAUGAACCAGGUGAAAAAUUGGGAUUUCCAUUAUUUUCUUUACAUUAAUCAACUCGAUCAGUUUUUGGCUGAAGAUUUUUUGCCAGUGUGAACCUAGGGUAGUAAGAUUGGCUUUUGAGGUACCUCAGUCUGUUUGUUUUUAUAAACCCCAGCCUUAUGUUUUUUCCUACCAAGAAAAAUAUUUUAGCAAGUGAAGUAGCAGCUUGCACAUGCUAGACUAGUAUAUUUUGACAGUGCUUGUCUAGUUCUACAUGACUAAGUAUAUCUCUAUAAUGUAAUAAAGUGUGUGCUUUGUAGUGAAAUAAAACAGGAUUGUUUAGGUGAUAUUUUUUGUGUGUUUUUGAGUGAGAUGGCAAAACCACAACACUGUAUAAGGGAGGAUUUCUAUUAGGAUUUUGUCUGGCCUAGUCUUUGUUUGAAGUAAUAGGGCCAUUAAUGUACUUACUGAAUGCUUUUUAUAUCACAUUAAUAUGAUGCACUAGGCUACAGCUUUCUCAAGAUGAGCCAAAAAUAAAAAGAUCUAUUUAAAAAAAAUUAUAUUGGCCACAAAACGAUUGUCUGUCAAGCACUAAUGUUCAUACAUGGCAAGAAAAGAAAAUUGAAAGAAAAAUUGCUCUUUGCUCUAUGAGUUUGGAUAAAAUGUACUAAGGAUAUUGAUCAAAUAAGGAGUGGAACUUAAUUACGCACUGAUAGAGAAUAAAGCUUUUUGUUCC